AUGGUUGUAUGUACCAUACUCCUCUACGGUGCCUACUACUUUCUCGGCAAAGUCGCACAUUACGCCUUCGAUGCGGUAUUAAUAUCCGCCUUCCUUGCCGGCGUCCGACGCUCGACUGGCCUCACUGUAAAGCCAGAUACAUUCGGCGAGAACCCCAGCGCCCAGAAGUGGUUUGAAAGCUACCUCUGGGUUGGCGAGACAGUCAUGGACUCGAGUGUAGCAUUUUUCGGCUCCAGCUCCUACUUCGAGCGCAAGCGAUAG